GAUCACGGCGGUAAUGUCGAGGUGUGAUCGAAGUUAACAUAGGAAUACCUUAAUCCACGUAUUUCUUCGGCGGCAAAAUAUUGGUAGAUGCGAUAUCUGGCUACGUUGGUCUUUCGAGACUUAAAUCCCGACGAAUCAGCGUUGAGUUCGGUUAAAGUUCAGGCUUGCAGCGUCCUGUUCUGUCAAACUUGAGUACCGAGGCUGAGACUGUCGCGAAACAGUGAAAGUACGAAGCGAAAGCGAAACGACCGGGAGUGGCCCCCUCACCCAAUAUAAUUCACGGAAUUAAUUAGAAAUGAAUUGAUUUCUUAGUCAUUUCACCGAAAUAGCAAAACAAUCUGUGUUCGCAAUCCUACGUUCUAUUGCAAUUUACAGCUGGAAGCCAUGGAGGACUAUCUGCCAAAUGAAUAUGAUGUCGUCGUCGUAGGGACAGGUAUGACGGAGUCUAUUGUCGCGGCGGCUGCAAGUAGAAUCGGUAAAAAGGUCCUUCACCUAGACAG